GCGGCUCCGGUCCGCUGGGGUUGGUUGUGCCGGACAGUGGCGGGUGCAGCGUCCGGAGCGCCGCUGUCCCCUCCUCCGCGGUCGCUGUCCCGGCGAGCCCCGUGAGCGAGCCCAGCCCCUCCCCCACCCCCCGGCUCCGGGGCGCGGAGCGGAGCCGCAGCGGGACCAUGUCGGCCAAGGACGAGCGGGCCAAGGAGAUUCUGAGGGGAUUCAAGCUAAAUUGGAUGAACCUUCGGGAUGCAGAGACAGGGAAAAUCCUCUGGCAAGGAACAGAAGAUCUGUCUGUACCUGGAGUGGAGCAUGAAGCUCGAGUUCCUAAGAAAAUCCUGAAAUGCAAAGCUGUGUCUCGGGAGCUAAACUUCUCCUCCGCAGAACAAAUGGAAAAAUUCCGACUGGAACAGAAAGUUUAUUUCAAAGGGCAGUGUCUAGAAGAAUGGUUCUUUGAAUUCGGCUUUGUGAUCCCUAACUCCACAAACACUUGGCAGUCCUUGAUAGAGGCAGCGCCAGAAUCACAGAUGAUGCCAGCUAAUGUUUUAACUGGUAACGUUAUUAUAGAAACCAAGUUCUUCGAUGAUGACCUCCUUGUAAGCACUUCCAGAGUGAGACUUUUCUACGUUUGAGAUAAGGGGGCUUUUGGGGCUGUUUUUAGUUUUCCUCCGUACAGUUCUUGGUGCAGAACCCCUUGCCUAUCCAGUGGAAGACACUUCCUGUAGGUGUGAGCCUGGGGACCAGCUCACCGGGGGUUGUGACGUUUGCCCAUCAGUUAUUUGGUUUUCCCCUCCGACCAAACCCAACCCUGAGAGACGCAACCAUCAGCUCAGUGAUGGGGGGGAAUAAAGACUCUGUAAAAAUGGGCAAAAAAUGGUUGUGCAGAACCAACACUGUAAAUUAUGUUAGUUUCAUCCUUUGUACUUCUCUGGAUCUUGGUACGUAAUCACUCGUUUCCACUUGCACCUUCUCUCAGCACUUUGUUUUGGAUUAAGUUAACCUUUUCCUUUCCCAUGUUUACUUUUUAUGCUCUCUCUGGAUUUCUGUGUAAUGGUCUAUACAUUCUCAUACCCUAAACUUGUAAAAUAGUCUGAUAUUACAUAAUGUAAUUAAAGCAAAUUUCUGAAUUAAAA